AUGCCUCUCAUCAUCCUGGCCACUAGGCUCGUCUUUCUUGUGGCAUAUCUCUUCCCGAUUGUUGUCGCGCAAGGAUCUUGGGGUCCAGUGAUCGACUUCCCAAUCAUACCGGUGGCAGCGUUCAUCGUGCCGGAAUACCCAGAAUCGCACCGCCUAAUGGUCUUCUCAGCUUCCCGUCCAGAUUCUUUUGGAGGCGCCAAUGGCUUCACUCAAUUUGCCGAGUACGAUCAUCGGAACGGAGCCCUAUCGGCUCGACAAGUAGCUGAUACACGACACGACAUGUUUUGUCCCGGCAUAAGCUCCUUGGCUGACGGCCGCCUCAUCAUCACCGGAGGUAGUAAUGCCGAGAGAACGAGCAUAUACAACCCAAGUUCAAACACAUUUACUCCAGGCUCCAACAUGCAGACGGCCCGAGGGUAUCAGAGUAGCACGAUCUUAAGCAAUGGGAAGGUCUUUACGAUUGGUGGCUCGUGGAGUGGCGCAAAAGGAAACAAGACCGGAGAGGUUUAUGAUCCGACGACAGGCUAUUGGACUCUCUUGCCGGGCACAGACGUUACGCCCAUGUUGACAUCUGACCAUGAGGGCAUCUUCCGGCAAGAUAAUCACGCAUGGCUCUAUGGCUGGCGCAACGGCUCUGUCUUUCAGGCUGGUCCUUCAAAGGCAAUUAACUGGUAUUACACAGACGGCGGAGGUAGAGUUAGCCCAGCUGGAACUCGAGAUUCGGUCAACGAUGCAAUGUGUGGUGUCAACGUUAUGUACGAUAUCGGCAAGAUCUUCUCUGCUGGAGGAGCUCAUUAUUACGACAAGGCUCCGGGCCUCAGCAUCGCGCAUCUCAUCUCCAUAGACCAGGUGGGCGCACCGGCGGCAGUCGAGCGAUUGCCGGACAUGAAACACGCGCGAGCUUUCGCCAAUGCGGUGUCACUUCCUGAUGGCAAGAUUCUGAUUACAGGAGGCCAGGGAUGGGCACAGGGCUUUACGGAUAUCGAUCCUGUCUUCACGCCUGAGCUCUUCGAUCCCUCGACUAAGACCUUCACUGAGCUCGCACCGGAGGCUUUACCUAGAAACUAUCAUUCUGUUUCGAUACUUCUGGCAGAUGGCACUGUACUUUCAGGUGGUGGCGGUCUUUGUCUGCAAGAUGACUCGGGGGCUUCAGCAGAACGAUGCCAUAACACAGUCGACCAUCCAAACGCUCAGAUAUUCACGCCACCCUACCUCACUACUGGAGCUCCGCGACCUGUCAUUAGCAAUCUUGUUAGUGCAACAACAAACCCUGGCGGCGAGUUGCGCCUUACAAUGCAAGGCACUGCUGACGGGGUAACAUUUUCACUUAUCCGAAUCGGCAGUGUCACUCAUAGCAUCAACACUGAUCAAAGACGCGUACCGCUAUCCCCUCAGUCAAACGGAACAGAGGUCGUUUUGAAGAUACCACCGGACUCGGGUGUCGUCUUACCAGGAGCUUGGUAUUUGUUCGCAGUGAGCAUUCAGGGAGUGCCAAGUGUCGCAAAGACGGUAUUCGUACAAUUUUAA